AAACUAUCCAAUCAAUACUUACUUAACAAAUGAUUAACCAAUCAGAGUUCAGUUUACUAACCGGAGUCUUUCUACCUGUUUUGACAGAUUUCUUGUACGCGAACGAUGAACAAAUCUUAACAAAAUGGAUAUGGAAAAUAACAAUCUGGACAUGAAGCAGUUGUUCUUCAACAACCUGCACCUGCUUGGAUUUGAUUCCCCAGCCAUGGAAGCUACCCAUUCCAUUCCUUUCAACAAGAGCAUGUUUGAGUUACCAAAUAAGCGAGGGGCAGAGAUCGUACUUCACUUCUUGUUCCAGAGACUCAACCCAACCAUGUGUAAGGAAGCCUUCAGAGACAGCUGGCCAAUUCAUGACAAAAAGAGGGAGCAGACAUUCAGAAAAACUUGCUCCAACUGGCUCACAAAUAUUUUACAGGAGGAGCCUGAGAGUCACCUGCCGCGUAUCAAUGCCUCGCUGUUUAUGUCGCCCGGAGGAGAAAAGUUUUACCAGCUGCUCUUUUACUUCUCUGGAUAUGUCCUCCAGAAAGCCAUGGAAAAUGAGCUUGGUGUGAAGGCUAUUGAGAGGCAGAAGUGGCCAACCCUCACCUCCCAGAACCAGAGUAUCCAGGACGCCAUUCACAAGUCCCUCGUUUGCUCUGGGAUCAGACAUCGCAACCAGUACUUUGAUACUGUCAAUCUGAAUGUUCAAGCAAGCAAAACAUGGAAAAACACUGCAGAUGAGUAUGUGUAUGAGUACCGGAAGCUGAGCAAGGAGCUACGGGAGCUUGAAUACAAGAUGCGGGACGAGGAGCACAAGGCCCACAUGGCCGCAACAGACAGGGGCAGCCCAUCACGAAAACAAAGGUCGACAGAGCAUUUUGAUCCAGAGUUUGAUCCUCGCACGAUUAAAAGGGCACAGAGAAUGCAACAGGUGCGUGAUAUGUGGAAACAGCUGGAGGACUUUGAUCGCUCAGAGUCAGCUGAACGCGAGGUUGUGGAGAGCAUAGUGGAGCGAACCAUCAACAAACAUCGAAUAGAUGGCAGCAACAUAAACGUCAAGGUGCCUGACAUGCUCCUGAGGGAGUGCCAUGAUGAAAUCAUCAAGCGGAAUGUGGGUAACACAUAUCAGGGAGGCAAGCUAAAUCUGGUCAGUCUGGUACAGCUCUGGAAUCUCGCCCUCCAGCUCUACCUUCACAAACUCAAACAAGUGGGUGUGCCAAAGUUUGCAGAGGAUGUGCAAAAGCUGACACCUCAAGUGCACGUCCAGCAGAACUUCUCUCAGAUGGCUCAAACACUAAGAGAGCAGAUGGCAGAGCGGAUUCCGGAGAUGAAGGCCUCUGUUGAGCAACUGAGGGAACAACUGGACACUGUCCACUUUCGGGACGUCUCACCAGAGUCCAUCCGGUCAACAUCUCUAGGUGUAGGGCUUGUGCGGCCCUCCCCCCAGGCCACCUUCUCCCCCACCCAGGCUAAAACACCAGACACAAGGACAGCAAUCUCCUCAUCACCCAGGCAAGUUGUUGACACCCCAGAAGCUGCUAGUGUCUUUCAUGACCAGGUCAAGAACACUGUGCGAAAAGGACUAGAGACGCUGUUUGAUGAACCUGAUCUCUUGAAAAAGAUGCCUGUGCCCUCAACCAUCCCCAGGCCCCACAACACAACCGGCUCCCGACAUUCCUCUAGACCAACAUCAGCACACAGCACUGUCAGCUCAACAGGAGGAAAAUCUUCCGUCAAGUCUACACCGAAAUCUUCAAAAAGUAUUGGUGUUAAGACAGGAAAAGACAAGCGAAUAAAGACCAGUCAAAAGUCCAUUAUAGAUUUGUCUUUCACAAAGCCUGCCAGUCCCAGAACAUUGGUGGAGUCCUGGAGGAGCGAGGAGGGGAGGGUAAACCGAGGGGAUGUGAGUGACACCUCCCUGCCUCUUUCUACCCGCUCUGACCUGUCAUCAGACCACACAUUGACAGGGGGAUCACCGCAACGAUCCACUCCACGGUCAGAGGAGUCCUUCCCCGCACAAGCUGAGCCCAAGGGUAGGGUGGGGAGACGGACGCCCACUGACUUUUUGGUGGACGAAAUCAUGGGCGAGGGAGUUGUCUUGUCUCCUUAUAACUCUGGCCUUGAAGCGUUUGAAAGCAAGCAGAUUAUACAAAGGACCCCAGACCUUAAUGAAGACAUUCCAGAGUGUGUAACACCUGCUAACACAGAGGAGCGGUUUGGAUCCAGACCUGACACAGAGGAUGAGCAGAUUGUCAACAUUACCGGGCCUCAAAUGCAAGAUGCUGAAAUGGGUGAUGAAAGUCCUGACAUCUGGAAAGAAAUUAUUGAGGAUGGCAACCAGGAUCCCAUAGAAAGCAGUGCUCCAGAUGGAGGCUCUAAUUGUCAAGAAAGGCUAGAAAGAACUGAAGAAGAUCUGGACAGAAUGCGAGUAGAAAAUAUACUUGCUCGUGCUGGACAGUUCUUAAAAAGCAAGGAUAGUAAUGUCAAAGCCAAUGUCUGUGAUAAAAAAGCAGUAGCUUUUUCAGAGGAGAAAGAGAGAAGUGGUGUUGAUAAUCUGGUCAUAGAAGAAAAUGAUAUGAAAGUGAAUGAAAUGAUCCUAGAAGGCAUUAGGCAAGCUACUGAAGACAAUGAUUACGAAGAUGAUGAGGUGUCCAACAAGAGUGAAACUACUGAAACUGAUGCUGUAAACAGAAGUGAUAGAGAGCUGAGAGGGAUUGAUGACAGAAUGCCGGCUGUAGAAAUACCAGAUGAUGGACGUGAGGAUGAGAUAGAGGAAAUAGCUGGUCCAGAACUAGAGGAUGUUGGGGAGCUUUCAGACACUUCUGAACGCUCAACAGAGCAAGUUAUUAUUAUUGACCGGAGUCUGCACCACUCACCUAGGCCUACAGCAGGCCAGAGUCAGUUUCCGGCAGACGAAGAUUGGGACGGCCAGAUGAUAGAAGAUGAGAUGUUUGCAGGGUUGGAGAGCUCACCAAGGGAGGCAAUCAUCAUUGACAGGAGCUUCCAGUACACACCUGUCAACAGAUCCAACCAAAAGGCUUCGCGUGAAGCCCUGUCUAGGUCACUGGUGAUGGAGAGGAGUCCACUGAGUGAUGAGAUCAGGCGCAUGUUCCAGCAGGCCAUUGCUGUUACACCACCCAGACAAUCACCUCGCACAGUUGAUGUCCGAGGGCAGGUGUCAACGGAGGCCUGCACUCCGGAAAAAAUCAGCCAGAAGGCCAGGUCCACGGACCAAAGAAAAAGCAAGCUGAAGGUGGCGGACAUUUCUUGGGAUCUUACUGAAAACCUGGAGGACAUCGAGCUUCCAGAUGAUCUGGACAGCAACAUUGAUGACUUAGUGCCAGACUCUGUAGACCUCAGUGGAACCAUGACCAGUUUAGAGAUUGUUGAUGUUGAAAAUGAAGAUAAUAUUGAUGAUUUUUUCUCUAGCAAGACUCCAGAAAUGCCGAAGCGUGGGGCACCAGUUGGGCAGGAGGCUGGGCAGGGAGACGCUCCUCAUUCGUUGGGAGACAGUGGCUCUAACUGGCCAUUGUUUCCUCAGGGGUCUGGUAUAGAAGAUGAAAUCCCGCUUAUGGCAUUUACACCUUAAAAUGUUCUCUUUUUUCUAUAGAUGGACAUGAUUACUAGUCUCUAAAUUGCUUCAGUAUAGUGUGGCUAAAAUGUUAUUUCUGUGAUUUUUUUUAAGUGAAUUCUGAAACUAAUUCAUAUCUUAUUUCAUGCUUUAAAAUUGAUUUUAAAUGAUUAGUAGUUUAAUUAUCCUUAUUUAAGCAAAACAAAUGUAAAUGUUAAACUUGAAUGUUGUUUAAUAUCAUGUAUUGACAAGUAUACUUGACAAUUCUUUAUAGUUUAUCAUAUUCAAAAUGGUAUUUACAGUGCAUUUUAAAUGCAUUUAGUUUUAGAAAGCGAACUAUUCCACAAAAUUAUACUACAUCAUAAAAUGUAAAUUGUAAAAUCAUGUUUAAGUCCACGGAAGACAAACCUUUUGCUCUGACUUUAUAGUAUUGUGUAAAGAAGCAUUUGAAUAUGAAAAUCUGUUUGUGUCAUAUUUCUGAUGGUAAAGCAGAAAUUCAGCUCUCUACAUGCCCUGAAAUAAUAAUCAUAUUAAAAAGACAUCCUGUGUCCAAAAUGUGUAGCAGAGUUACAAUCAUGUAGAUAUUUUUUAUAUAAAAAAUGGCAAUCGGAGAGAAACUCAUUUGAGACAUCAAAUUGUUUCGUGAAUAGCUAGGGAGGAUCUACCCAUAAUUAUUGCUUCUGUGACAAAAAGGUGUAUUUAAUGUGUUUUGAUACAUGUUUUAUUGCACAUUGAUGAAUAUUUCAUUACUGGUUUAUAUCUGUGAAACAUAAUGAAGUGCAGUAAUUGGUCUCUAGUGCAAGAUUUUAAUGACGUAAAAUUGUAAGCUUGCACAUGAAAUGAUUCUGCCAGAAAAUAGUUCCAUUUUAUGUAAACUUUUGUAUGUAUACAGAUUGUAACUAUAAAAUGCAUGUAAAUAAAAUGCAACAUACAUCUGCAAAGUUGAUUUGUAAAGUUAUUUUUUUUUCCACCUUAAGCUUACAACCUCACUCUGCAAGUGUGCGUGGGAAUGUGUUAGCAUCCCAAGCAUUUAUGACCGAAGCAUAACUCCAACAAAAGUAUUUUAGGUUUUGAAUUCAAAUUUUAUAAACAAAUAUGCAGUACACAGGAACCAUAACUCUGGACUCUUGGGUUGUUUUUUUUGUUAUUGUCCUUUGUUUAUAUUGUUGGGAGCAUAACUACAAAACUUUGAAGUAUUGACUCAAAACUUCAUAUACAGGUUGAACAUAUUGAGAAGUGCAGAGCACUGGAGACAUAACUCAUGCUGCAGAGUUAUGGCUGCAAUGUUUUGAUAUAGGGUUCUUUUUUUAAUCAGGUUCAUCGAAAGGUUAUUAGAAUGUGGAUGUCAUUGGGAAGAUGGACGGGCGGGUGUCAAACAUUGGUUUCUACCAAAAAACUUUAGCUAGCAUUCAUGGAUAGUAAUGAAACUUGGUGGGUCGGUAGCUUAUGUGAAGAGCUAGCUUGGGUUUGCUUUUCAGGGAGCUGGGGUCAAGGUCACUGUUAUGUAAAAUAGAAAAAAAAGGUUUCAGCCCAAUCAGUUUUAAGUAAUAAUUGAUGGAUAGUGAUGAAAGUUGUUGUGUAGGUAGCUUAGGUGAAGAGCUAGCUUGUUAUACUUUAUUUGUUGUUAACUUCAUGCUACUCAGAUAAUCAUAAUGAGGAGAAUUGGAAAGCACAUGCACCAUAACUCUGUCUUCAGUAUUUCUUAAGUUAUUGCCCUUUGCUCAUUUUCAUUCUGAU